AUGAAACGUUUCAUUCGGAAAGGAAUACCGGCCAACCUGAGAAAGACUUGUUGGAUGGCAGUGUCAGGAGCAGAACAAUGCAGGAAAAAUAGCGCUCUGAGCUAUCAGCAGCUCAGAGGAAAAAUCGAAAACUCCCAAAUUAGUGAGACUAUUAAAAUUGACCUACCGCGCACAUUUCCAGAUAACAUUUUUUUCUUGAAUGAGAAACAACUGCCUAAUAUGCUGUAUAAUGUUUUGGCCACAUUUGCUCAUCAGAAUUCAGAAGUGGGUUACUGUCAAGGAUUAAAUUAUAUUGCAGGUUUAAUUCUGCUGGUUACCAAAGAUGAAACAGCUACAUUCUGGCUGUUGAAAACGUUAGUUGAGCACUUACUGCCGAAAUACUACGUUGUAACAAUGUCUGGACUAUUAACGGACUUGGAUGUAGUAAAUGACUUAGUUCAAAAGCACGAACCGACAGUCCACAGGCAUAUAAACAAUAUAGGAAUGCCUUGGGCUAUGGGAACUACCAAAUGGUUUAUCUGCAUUUUUGCCGAUGUUUUACCCACUGAAACCGUACUACGAAUAUGGGACUGCUUGUUCUAUGAAGGCUCUAAAAUACUGUUCCGCGUGGCUUUAGCUUUAAUCAAACUGCAUAAGCUGGAGAUUCUAGAAACCACUGAUUUGAGCGAGCUGAUGACUGUGUUUAAAAAUAUGAGAAAUCAUCCUAGAGUUAUAGACUGUCAUGGAUUUAUGCAUGGAGCCUAUCAAGUAGGAAAAUAG